UCCCGAGACGCCUGUAGCAUCAAGAUUAAGAUCAUCAACAACACAAGCUCCUCCUUGUCCUCUUCUCCUCCCUUCAGUUAUAUUAGUCGAAAUUGUGCCGUGGAGUCAUUCUUUCUAUCCAUUUUUUAUUUCACACACAAAAAUACAUCACAAUGCCUUAUUCUGCGUCGUGGCUGCGCACUCAGAAUGGAAUGGGAGUGAACAAUACAGCUGUUUAAACGUGAACGCUGAUGGGAAAUUGAUCGACGCUCGCUCGCUGGACGGGAAUUAAUGGUGUGCAAUGGAGCAGGAACAGUCUUGGCCACGGAGCAGACAUAGCAGUUGGAGUAAUGAUGGAAGAGAUGGAGGGAGCCCUUCCCCUAGAAGGAUGCCUCACAGUGGUUCGCCUUCCCACAAGUUGAGAUCCACCAAACCUGUUUGGGAUGACACAGUUCAGGACCUGGCUUCAAUGCGAUUGACCCCAGCUGAGUUGGCACGCAAGCUUGCCUCAAGGCAGUCCACCAACAUGAUGUUGGCAAGAGCCCAGCUUCUGGAGAGGAGUCGGCGGUCAGGUUCCCAGGGUCCCCUCUCCCUGCCUCCCAACUUGGCCAGCAGGCUUCAAGCUGCCAGACAGCAGAGUGUGGAAUCCAUCCUUGCUCAGUCCAGCAACACACUGCUUGCCUCCCAGAAAGUGCGUCAGGUGGAGGCUGCUGCCGAGCAAAGGGAAGAAGAACCAGAACACAACAUUCAGUCUGGGAGCAUGAGAGAAGUUGUGCCUGAGGACAAGAAAGAAGCAGCACAGCCCAGCCCUCACCCUCAGGAGAGAGAUCAGCCAACAGCUGGUGACAGUAGCAUCACCAGCACUGGGAAAGCUGGUGAUGUGGCAGACAAGGGAAAGACAGCCAACAGUCAGGUCUUGAAGGAAGUAUCUGACCACACAGGAAAGGCAGCCAGUCAGUCAGGGUCACCAGGAAAGGCUGUUGAACUGAGACGGUCAGAUCUGAAGGCAGCCAAGGAUGCUCCAAGACAAAUAGACAUGAGUGAGAUAGCCGCCACACGGACCAGUCUUGACCACACAAUAAAUAUGGUGGUCAACACAUGCAGGGAAUUGUGGCUGCAGCUAGAAGAGGAACGCCUGACGAGGGAGCAUCUCCAACGCCAGCUGCAAUUACAAGGGAAUGUCAUCACCACACUGACUGCUGAGCUGCUGCAAAUUCAGGAUCAGCAAGAAGCCAUCCUGCGGGAGGUGAGUGACGCCCGUGCCUCAGGUCUGUGGGGGACGGGGGAGCUAGAGCUUGGGGAGGAGGCAGCUGGGGACUUCAUGUUGAGUGGUCACAUAGCUCCAGGAAGAGUCCAUGCCUCUAGGUCCAGCCACUACCAGCUCCCAGGUCGCCACCCCCAAAGGUCUAUAUUAAGGGCAACACGCACCAUACAUGCACCUCACCAACGGCAGCCUCCUCAGUCUGUGGGGAGGACACACCAGACAAACCAUGCCACCCUGCCCAUGCCCCAACGAGCACCCCACUCUCCACGUCCCCAUCAGCCUUCAUCACGCACCCACACCCACAACCUACAGAUGCAUCGGCCAUCACCUCCUCCUGAAGCUCCUCUUUCUCCCAGGCCAGAAUCAGCUUCCCUCAAUAGCUACAAGGCUUCAAUAUCUCGCCAGAUCAGGGAUGCACUAGUUAGUGAGCAAUCUGUACCUGGAGCCAGGGAGAGGGAGAGGAAUUCUUCUGCUAUGCCUCUUGGCUAUUCUAACAUUACUCAAGAUGCUUUGCAGAAGGACAUGAGGGAGCAGGAUGAUCCUCAGGCUGUAGUAGUGCCUGCUAAUAAAGAGAAUCUUCAUCUGGUGGGUGGAGAUCUGGCCAUGGAUUCUACUCUGCCAGAGCAUCAAGAGAGGAUGAAGCAGUAAAAAAAAAAGAUUUUGUAAUAUUGUGCUGUGUUUGGAGGAGCUGUUUCCCUCAUGUCCUUGCUGUGGUUGACAUAUUUGGAUCUUUUCAACCAUAUAAGACAUAUCAGAGCCAUGAGAGGCCAGCCUGUAGUAACUGUACACUUUUUGGGACCAUUUUGUUAGGUCUAAAUGAGACUCAUAAAUUUCUUACUAACCAUAUUAUAAUCUAGUCAGUACUUGAAGGAUCAAGUAUCAUUGCCUUCAUUAAAGUUGGCUGAAUGCACAUACUUUCUUUUUUCUGGAAAUGAAACUUGCCAAGUUCUCUGCCUGAAAUAUCUAUCCAAAGCCUAGAGGCUAAGGUGUUUAGGAGUGGUUGUGGAUGUGUGUGUGUGUGUGUGUGUGUGUGUGUGUGUGUGUGUGUGUGUGUGUGUGUGUGUGUGUGUGUGUGUGCGCGCCACUCCCCUUCCUAGGGGUGUUGGCUGGAUAUGUAGGUACUAACAAAAAUAUCGCAUUCUUCUUCAUAAGGUUUGUUGUCUUUUAGAAACAGAAUAGAGAACUGUAGUCUGCUUUUUGACUUUGGCAGAAAAAUGCACUUGAGCCAAACUUUUGUCCCUCAUCUGAUUUCAGACUUGCAGCUCAUGGUUUGAUGAUGGUGUCAGCAUAGACUUCUCUGAGUUGGUCUCCAUGAUAUAAUCUUAUGUAUUUUCUUUUGUAUCUUUGUUCCAUUGUCUAAUACUUAUUUAUGUAUUUAUUUUUUUACACCUGAUUAUAUUUGAAAGAAACAGUCUAUUUGUAUAUCAGGCUAAGACUUCCCUUAAAGGGAUUCUGGUUUGGACAAAUGCCAUUUCUCACUGGAAUUAAAAAAAAAGUAUUGGGAUUAUUUAAGAUUAAUUUUAUGGCAAAUAUCCAUAUUGUUUCGUUCAGUCUAAACUGGAAAUCAGUUCAGUAUGUUUUGUAUCAUCUAUCUCUUAUGUUAUUAAUUAAAAUAAAAACAUACCAUAUACUUUGCAUGAGAGCUUGGCUGUUGAGAAAAGAGAAACUCAGCAUGUAUCAUGAAGGGUAGCUGAAAGCAGUCUGUGAUACAGUCUACCUGACAGUGUCCAUCAACUCAAGCUCAAGUACAUUUUUUUUACCAAAGAAAAAAGCAAAUAAGGAUUGUACUUUUCAACAGUAUUGUAUUGUUCUGACCUGGAUUUUGCUUCAUUAUUUGCCACUGUAAUAGCAAUGAUGGUGCUAUCAUAAUUGUAGGCACUCACAUCAAUGGACUGGCUUAGAGCACUAGCAAUAUGAAAUGUUAUUUAGAUCAUUGAUCUUGCUCAUCAAAAUGCUUUAUACAGCCAGGAACACACCAUUCUCUUACCACACACUUACACUGCUUCUUAGAUUAUCUCCUGUGUGACCUUUUCAUCUAAUAGCAGUCCUCCUUUACUCUGUUUUGAGAAAACAAAAGAAAAUUAAUGUUAUCUUACCACUUCUAUAUUGUAGCAGCACACUUGUCUGUUCUCAACUCAUGACACCAAUUGUGCCAUCAAGUGACAAGGUGUGAUCUGUGUAAACAUAGAAAUUGCCUUUCAAGAAGAUGCCAGUAGUAAAUUGGCUAUUAAAUCCUUGAAAAACUUAAAGAGCAGUUUAACGGAAAAACUGUUAUAUUUGUGCUCUGCUGAAUGAAUGGUGGCAACUUGUUUGAGCUGCAUUAGACUUGGCCCACAGCUUCUCCAUCUUUUGCAGGAAAUAUAGUCAUCACCUUCUUCUGCAUCCAAUUUUUUUAACUUCACUUGAUAUAAUUGCACCAAAAGACUGCUGAUCUGAAGGUCUAUUCACAGCUCAAGCUUGUGCAUGCCAUGGAGCCAUUUGCUGACUGUGAUUUUGGGCAAUGAUUACUGCAAUUUGUGAAUGAUGUGCUUAUAUUGUGGAUUUUGGUGUAUUUUUAAAAAUAUUCACAACUUGCCUUUAAAAUUUUGCAAAUUUUUUUUACCUUAGAGGUUGUUAACUCAUAGAAGCUAUGCCUGCACUGGUAGAUUUUAUCAUCUGUUAAAGAUAAAAGACUAGCUGUAAGCUGAAAAGAAUAUAAGAAGGAUUCAUAUGAUUCUAACAUUAUAUUGUGUUCUGUUUCUGUAGGUUUGUUUAUGUUCGAAAUGGUUAUCUGACUGAAGUAAUUUAUCACAAAGAUCUUAUUCUGUCACACACUGUAUUUUUCAGUGUUUUCAUUGGAGUGCAUCCUAAAUAUCAAGUCUAAGGCUUUAAAGUUUCCCUGUUGCUAUAAUAACACCAGAAUGAUGGUUGUGUUGGCUUUUGGCUGUAUGAACAUUAUGCAUGCAUGCAUACACAUUUAUGAGGAACAGUGUUUGUGGUCUUAUGCAUCAUGGUGCUGUCAUGCCACUGUCCUGUCCCGUCACUGUACGAGUAGUGCAAAGUUUGAACCUGCAUUAUUUUUAGUGAACUUUUUUAACCAAAUAGCUUUGCACAGCUCUCCCCAACAGACAGAAAGCAUCGAACAUGAUAACAUAACAAUAAUGAUAAUGAAGUAGCAAUAACUAUACAUGUAUGCAUUGCAUAUUAAUUAUAAGGGUUCUGACUCAAAGCCUCAAAUGUGCCUCAUAAUUAAAUGCAUUAAGAAUAACCAGGAAGAGACAAUCAUCUCUCAUAAUACAUGUGUUCAAGUUAGAGUAAGCAGUAGCCUUGGUACAGUGUGGUGUCAGUGGUUUCUUGCCACAGAGUUUUGUUACCAUUUCAAAUGAAGUGUUGAAAGGUAGGGGAGGGUAACUAGCAUGUGCAUGUUUGAAAAGUCCCAAACUGGCACUUACUCAUGUACGAUUAAAGCAUUACCCCGAGAACUGAUUUUUGCUUAAUAUGAUGUGCUGUAAAUGUGAUUUUCAGUGCAUUGAAUGGAUAUGUAUUGAGCAGAGCUUUACAUAAGUGCAAUGUGUGUAUUAUAUUACAAAUAUACAACAGUUUGAAUGUACAAGUAUGCUUCAAUACUGUAUUGUAUUUUUCAGUACUAUCCUCUUUCCUCUUAGCACACACUGAAAUGCUUCUGACUGUAACUUAACAUAUGACACCAAAAUAAUAGUUUCAACAACUGCAAACAUCAUACUAAUAAUGAAUUACAAAAUGACAACAUUGCACUACAAUAUUUAUUUUGAUGCACUUGUUGUGUCAUAUAUUAUAGAAGAGCAUUAUCAGUAUUUAGAUUGUAUUAAUAUGAAGGCAUUAGGGGUCAGUGGAAAUUUUUUGUUAAAUAGAUGUUGAAUAGUUUAAUGUACUGUAUAUUAUUACUAGUAAAUGAAAAACCCUCACUGCACAGACCAUACUGCCAAUUUUCACCAUGUGUUACUACAUUGUACUUUCAUCAUUUGUCAUUGCCAUUCACCACUCCUGAAGACACUGAGAGUUAUGAUAAAUAUUGAAUGCAUGUAAACAAUAACAGCAAGACACAAUAGUAGUACAGCAAUACAUUUUAAGGAAUGGGACAGCAAAGAACAUCAUCAGUGAUGUGUGUCCCUUUUUAAUUUUUCAUUCAUGGCUGCCAGUUCUUGCACAUCUUUUAGUGGUUUGAAAUGACUAAUGCUUUUGGAAUCAACUGAAUCUUAAAUAGCAUGGCUUGAUGCCAAAAGACAGUAUGAUGAAUAACUGAUUUUGUAGACGUAAUGCCAUGAAUUAUGUGGUAUUUGAGUCCAGUUGCUGUCCUACUUAACUCAAUGAGCCAAGUAAGAUUACUUCACAUAUAGCAGAAAUCUGCAAAUGAAUAUUGUUUGAUGUGGUGUGAUGAUACUGGAGCAUUCAGUCUGGAUAACAUCCUUUGGACUGUUGGGUGAUCAAGCUUUAUGAGACAGAACAGAAGCUACAAGCAAUUACAGUUCAUUAUAUCUAUGAUAUUUGUAAUUUCAUAUAACAUAUUUCUAAAUUAAAGACAAUUUUGGUGAGUAAAAUCUUUUUGUUGCAUUUCACUUCUGUACCCAAUACCAUGAAAUGCUUAUGAUUGCUUUUCUAAAUUUAUUACAACAGGUAAACUUAAAGACAUUAUAUAUGAAACCUAGAAGAUCUUGUAAAAUUACAUAAUAUGCAGUACUUAACUUAGAGUCAAUAGGUUAUUUCAGAAUAAGGCAAAUAGAAACUUUUAACAGUGCCAUUUUAUGAACCUGCAUUAUGUAGCUCCUGGCACCUUUAUUAUAUCCAGACACCUUUCUUAUUUUAUCUAUCAGUUAUUAAUAAAUAAUCAAUUUUGUGUGAAAUAAUAAUUAGAAUCUUGCUAUCAUUAAAGCUGUGUCAUAACAUACUGAGCAAGCACACCUUAUCUCUUAAAUGCCAAUUUCCAGUUGUUGGUUUCAGCUUUGUUUCAGUAACAGUAGCAAAAAGCUUUCAAAUAUGGGUGUAAGAGUAACACUUGGGUGUCACAAGGAGUAAGUUUGUACAAAGCAAUCAAGAAAAACUUUAAUGGUACUAUACUGCAAUCCCUCCAACUGUAAGAUGCCAUUUAACUUUGAGGCAUUCUCGUGGGAUCAAUAAUUCAUUAUAUUUUCCUUGAUUUUGAUUGACAUAUGUACUAGUACCUACAUUCUUAUCAGCAGUAUAGACCAAGCAGCUUUUCUUUCACAUCUUGUGGUUCGUACUUUCUCUACAAGUAUUGAUGUAUAGGAUUUAUUUUCUUCCAGAAUAUAUUUUGUCAGGUGGCAGUUGUAUGUUUGUGUCAAAGAACACAUUGGGAAAUAAGAAAUAAUUAUUCAGAAUUGCAUGAUUUCCUUGGAGGAGUAAAUUGCCUUGCUGUAGCAAUAAAGAAAACUAGGUUAUAAGCAAUGACAUUACUCCCAGCAAUAUAUCUGGAGUUAUAUCAUGAAUAAGCCUUUAAAGUAAUAGAUAACUUCAUUCGACAUUGUAUAAGAGGCUCCCAAAUUACCACUCUUGCUUUGGUAAUGUUUUACUUUAAUGUUGAAUUUUUCUCACUUGAUACUGCAAUGUCUUAAGUUCUGCAGCUGUAGCAUGUAAUUUAUUGUUACCUAUAUAUUUUAUCAGAGACACUAUCCUACUGACUUUGCUCCCUCCUCUUCAAGUGGCUCUGUUGCACAAGGCUGCUGCACAUUCUUACAUGUAUGCUAUUUGCUGUCCUGAAGUUUAAAGAACUUACACCUUCCUUUUGACUUAAACACAGAAAAACAAGUACACUGAUUGAAUAAAUUUUCAUCAUGCUAAGAGAUACAACACUUUUUUUUUCAUAUGAAUUUAUUCUUUCUAUUUUUUUUUGUGUAUAUAGGAAAUAGAUACAUUCAAAACCAUUCUCAAUGUACUGUAGAUUAUACAUGUAUGUGUAUGUAUCUGUAACUUGUGCUCUAUUUCCAUUGCUGUACACCUCUCAUUGUUGUUAAAUAUGUGCAUCUAAUAAGCAUAAUUGAGAAAACCUGAAGCUAAAAAAUUAAAUACUUUACUGCUGUCAUGAAAAUUCAUUUUUGGUGCAAGGUUAAGCAUUUUCAAUUAAUGCUGGAAUUUGAAAGGAGAAGUAUAUAUAUAUAAUAAUUUAAUUAAUCAAAAUCAUCAGAUUCUGGACACAUGAAAAGUGUAUGGGCACAUAUGUAUGUAUGUGCAAACCAAAAUUUUAUUGCUGAAAUUUAGUAUGCAUUAAAAAAAAAUGUUAAGACUGAAGCAAUCAUGGACCAAGUACACUGUUGUUGUGUCCUUCUUAAUGGUGACUGUUGUUGUGUUGGCUUGGUGUCUCUUGGUCUGUGACAUGUCUAUUGUAGGUUGGGUAUGUCCUGUAUAUUUAUAAUAACUAAAGAUCAGUUUUAGUAGUGCUGUUUUUUUUGUUUAAUAAGACUGACCAAGUUAGUGUAAAUUCUUAUCUUUAUAAUGCAAAACAUCCUCAUUAUUUUGCAUUCAGUUGACUUACAGUUUGUACCUCACUGUAGUGUAAGUUGAUGUUUAUUGUACUCCUAAUCCUAUGUAGUGCUUUAAAAUUUUGUAGUUUGCCUUGCUGGAAUUUUAACUUGUACUUGUGAGUAUUGCAUAUAUUUUAUACUUUUAUGGUACAAAACUGUGUAAGUGUAUGAGUUGUGUGAAUGUUCAUGUUGCUGAUUCAGUUCAGGUUAAAUGUAUGGAACUCUUUAUAUAUAUGUAUGUAUUAUUGCUAGGUGAAUGUGCAAUCAUAAUGAGGACUCUUUUAUUCAAUUCUUUAAAUAAACAUGAAAAUGUC